AUGGUUGUGCAGUGUGGAGUGGGCGAGAAAGAAUUGCAAUUGUCGUUCGUAUCGUUGUACGAUGGUGAAGGAAUACGGGCCAAGUUUGCCAACUACGAAACGAAAUUCAUAAACGAUUUUAUCAACUUCACCCGUCCGGCCGGAGAUAUUAUGGAACCGAUCUACUACGACUACGACGGUGGCACUAAAACGUCUGACUACGAAACGGGCAUGACGUUGGGCGGACUGCCAAUACCGGAAGAAACACCGGCCCGCACGGCUACAGUGAAUGGAGAGGUAACGCGACCACCGGACAUCUUUCCCGAUCCGGACAAAAUUUACGCUUCCUUCAUUAACAAGAGCACGAUGAAACGGAACCGUUACCCAGGGGAAGAGAAUGUGAUAAAAGUUUAUUCCUCAAAAUCAUUACGCAAAUCGCCACAGGCCCACACAACCGACGAUGAAAGUUCGUUCGAUAAUCUAAACAACGACAUGAAGGGGCACGAUUUCAUCGACAACAUUAUGUACAUCUACUACGGUACCAAUGGAAAUCUGCGCAAAGAUCUCGGUGGUAAUGUGAUUGUGAUUGGAGCCGUCUUUGCCCUAGCACCUCAGAUACUGACCAUCAUCAUACUGUUUCUGCGAAAUCGACGCCUCCGUCACUUUAAUGCGUUCUAUCCGAUCUGUCUGAAUCUGCUGCUCGCACUGAUCGCAUCCAAUUUGUCCUUCAUUCUGGGCGUUCAGGCAACGCGGAAUGUGAUCCGCUGUGAGUUGAUUGCGCUACUGCUACACUAUCUGCAUCUGAGCACGAGUAUCUGGUGCUUCAUCUACAUCUACGUGAUCUACGAUCUGAUUGCGAAUGAGUGUAUACCGAAGUUGAAGUACCAUUACCUGAUGGGGUACGGAAUUCCGGCGGUAUAUGUUUUGUUCUCGUACGCUUCGUCAAUCGAUCGUUUUGAGGUACACCGAUACUGCUGGAUGUCGAUCCAGAAGGGUAUGAUCGUAAGCUUUAUGGUACCGAUAUCGUUCCUGAUCAUUCUUACCACCGUACUGGGUACGCUGAGUCUCAAGCGUAUCUCCACCAAGCAGACGGAGCUGCUCUGCGAAAGCAUUGAAAGUAUCAUCGAAACUACGUCCAAGUGCAAUGACAUUAUCUAUCCUCGGUUGCCAUCACUGGCUGGCGUUAAUAUGGCUAUGGUGUGUCGCAGCAAUAGCUAUCCUCAGCUCGAACAGGUAAAAGAUCGGAACGCUGUGUGCUGUCAGGAGUAUGCCGAAUGUGCCAAUCGUCACUCCGUCGUGACAUUGCCACAACCAGUUACUACGGGUAUGUCUACGGUAGCUGCCAGUCAGUAUGCGAUGAAUGCGACCAAGCGUUCGUUCGAUUGUUACGACACACGGAUCGAUCUGGGACAGCUGUCACUCGCGGAACUUACCACACCGAGCAUGGCAUCAGAUGUGCAGGACUUUACCGAGUUUAAGAAGGCGAUCAAAUUUGGACUGUUCUUCCAACCGAUCUUCUCCGUGUGCUGGUUCCUGGAGGUAAUCGCCCUGGAGAAUGUUCACUCUUGUGUGAUGCCAGUCAUAUUUGCCAUCAGUUUUAAUAUCUUGAAUUGGUGCAUGCUGGUACGUUCCUCUAACGUUUGCCCGUACGUGAGCUCCACCAUGGAGAAAACACUCGAAAGCCAGCAGAUCGCAUCCUGUGGCGAGUCACUAAAUGGUACGAUUGGACCCGGAGGUGAUAACGACGCAACGCAGACAAGCGUCUGCACCGAUACGAUUCCAUUGCUUUGUGCUUCCAACAGUGGAUCCACUGUAAUAAGUCCGAGUUCUACCGUUUGUGCGUCGAUGAAGGGUUCCGGAGCCACGGUUGCUACCGUACCGCGCAAAUUCUCGGCUACUUCCAUCACAGACGAGCAGCAGCAGCAGCAACCACUGUUUUACAGUAACUUUAUCGGCACGACGAACGUGCCCAUGUCUUGGGAGUCGAGCAUUGAUUUGGGUGCUUACCAUUUGCACGAAACGAAGAACGCUGACUGUAUCAGUACGAUCAGCAAUUGA